UUUCUGAAAUGUUAUCUUCUAUGUGAUUUUUCACAUAUCAUCAGUGAAUCGAACAUCCGCGACAUAACUUUUACUGCAGCGGAGAUACAGACAACGUUAAAUACUUGAUAAUCGCGACCUCUAACUCGGUGGAAUAACACUUACAAUAGCAUUUGCGCAAUAAGAGUUGAAAUUAUUCGUUUGACCUGAAAAUACAAAAAAAAAUUGUAUAUAAAGCCACGGGAAUUUCAGCAAAAGGAGAAAGUAUCAUGACUUCUCGACUUGGCCUUCAGUACAAUCACCGGAGCGAGAUGACGUUUAGUCUUGCUUCGGCUUUCGUUCUUAGAACAUCUCUCUACUGCGCCGGCAAUCAAAAACGCGCACAAAAUAAAAGUGAGAGUGGAUAUUAGAGAUAAGAGAGGAAACACAGUUUUGGUAACGAUAGAACAUUACGCACGAAAUAACGAGAGAAAAUGCUAUUAACAAUAGCAUUUUGGAUGUUAGUCAUUUUAAUUACUUUUUGGAUUCUCCUUGGUCCUGUCACAAGAUUUCUGCGUGUGCUAUGGGAAAUUAUUAUGCAAAUAUACAAUAAGAAAACAAUCGAUUUGCGAACAAAGUUCGGUGAAUGGGCGAUUGUCACUGGCUCGACUGACGGUAUCGGUAAAGCUUACGCCAAAGAAUUAGCAGUAAGAAAUAUGAAUUUAAUACUAAUUAGCAGAAACUUAGAAAAGCUUGAACGCACAAAGGACGAGAUACUGCUAAUAAAUCCAAAAAUUGAGGUGAAAGUUAUCGCGGCAGAUUUCGCCGAAGGAGAAAAUGCUUUCACCAAAAUCCAUCCCCUGUUGCAAGAUAUAUCCGUCGGCAUAUUAGUGAACAACGUGGGUAAGCAAUACGAGUAUCCCAUGUACGUCGGAGAGGUGCCCGAGAAGGAACUGUGGGACAUUAUCAACGUAAAUGUGGGCGCCACCACGUUAAUGACGCGGCUGGUUAUCGGGCAGAUGCAGAAACGCAAACAAGGCGCGAUUGUAAACGUCUCCUCCGGCUCUGAGUUUCAGCCGCUGCCGUUGAUGACGGUAUACGCCGCUACGAAGGCGUACGUGAAGAGCUUCUCCGAUGCUCUCAGAGCGGAAUACUCCAGAUUCGGUAUAACCAUUCAGCACCUGUCGCCUCUUUUCGUCAACACGAAAAUGAACGCGUUUAGCUCUAGACUACAGGUUUCAAGUAUAUUUGUACCUGAUGCCACGACUUAUGCAAGAAAUGCCAUUGCCACGCUGGGCAAAAUGGACAGCAGUACUGGUUACUGGGCACACAGUAUUCAAAAGUUCGUCACUUUAAUGCCGCCCGUAUGGAUUAGAACAAAAAUCGGACAAAUCAUGAACGAGAGCUUCAGGCAAGAAUAUUUCAAGGAAAAGCAACAAAAGGCAUAGCAAUAAGAUAUUUUACGUAACUAACUUUUUUUUCAAAAUAUAUAAUGUAAUUGUAUCGUACUGAUGUAAAAACUAAGCAAUUUUUAAUUAUUACAAAUAAUACUCUUCAAAUGAAAUAAAGAUAAGGGAGAUACAGCGAGAGAGAGAGAGAGA